UUUGUUGUUCUUUAAACACCCAUUUUACCAAAAUCCUAGAAGAUAGAACAGAACAGAACCCCCUCCCCUUAAAGAAAAACCCUAGUCAGCAGCUUUCCCCUUUCCUUCUUCACUCUCUCAUCAACAUCUAAUACAUGCAUUUUCUCCCCCCAAAACGAUCACUCUUUCUCUGAUAUCGCUCAUACACAGAUCUAAAAGAGAAGAGAGAUUCUUCAAAUUUCAAAAUUCGAAUCUGAAAACAAAGGCUCUAAAAAGGGAAGAUGAAUGUUUUGAAGUCCACUGAGUCACUAAAAUUUUGAAGCUCAAAUACUCCUCCUAAGUUCCUAUAGAUGCUGUUGAGUUCGAAUUACUGAUUUCUGUCUCAAUACCGUUGAAGCUGAGUUCCAAUUUACUGAUUUCCGACAUGUAUUUGGCCUCCUUUGCUUCUAAAUUUAGUCCUUGAGCAGAUAGGACUCUUAAAAUCCCCGGCCCCCUCGCUACCUCAUCAAUCAGCAAAACAAAAACCUCGCCGCCCUUCCCUUCCGGCGUCCCUUAGUUGCCGGAGCUGUCUUCCGCCGGAAGCCGCUUGCCACCCUUCUCUCAUUACUCAACUCUCUUUUGGGGGUUUGCAUCAUUGGUAUAAUGCCCCGGAAGCCAGCAAGACAUUGCAGAUCAGCACGAUGUCUACCUCUCAGUUUCUCCCCAUUUGCUCGUUCAAUGGCGCGGAUUGCAUCAAAUAACAAGGUUACACACAAGGUUCCCAACUCCAGACUUCCAGAAAAUAAUCUACCUAGCUCUUCAGGUAAAAGGAUGGUAAAUCACAGACUUGUAGACAAGAGCGAAGAUUCUGGUUCUUCGGAUGAUGACGAGUCUGAUGGCACUGUUCAAGCAGAUUUUGAGUUCUUUGAUCCUAAACCGACUGAUUUCCAUGGAGUGAAAAUCCUGCUGCAGACCUACAUUGAUAAUAAGCAAUGGGAUUUGAGUGGUUUUGUGGAUGUAAUACUCGGUCAACCCACAGUGGGGACUGUUGUUAAAAUAGAGAAUGAUGAAGAUGAUGGUAUUUACUCCAUUGUCACGGCUCUUAACUUGGGGAGAUAUAAGGAUUUAGAGUGCAUGGCGGACGCUAAAGAGUUCCUGCUUAAAGCAUGCCACCAGAAGGAUGUUUACACUAAAUUGAGGUUAUUUCUCGGAGAUCAAGCGAAAGCUGUUGGUCUCUUGGUCUCUCAGCGUGUUGUGAAUCUUCCUCCCCAGCUUUUGCCACCCCUUUAUGAUGCACUUUUUGAUGAAGUCUCUUGGGCUAUAGAAGAUGAGCCUACAGAGGAGCUCCGGAAUUCUUUCUGCUUCAAGUUUUACCUGGUAAUCAGUAAAAUCUACAAGCAUAAGAAUGCGGUCGAGCAAAAUGGGCCAAGUGGCGAUCAAACUGUUGUAUACAUUAAGGCAGAAGACGAAAUCUUUCUCGAGUUAAGCUCUUGGUCCUUCAGUUUUCCUUUGCAUACACAGCUGGUUAGGACUGACGAGCUAAAAGAUUAUCGGCUAACUGGCUUGGUAAUGGCAAUAGAUGCGAGCAAAAUCCCUACCUUUCGCCAAAAAUUGCACUCUUUAAUAGAGGAGGCAUGAUUUGAUGAGACAUUAGUCCUAAUCAGUUCAAUUAGACAGAUCUUGGAAGUUGUAUAGGUUACUACUCCAUACCCCUGGCUGGACAUGAAGCAGUAAUCUGUUUUUGGCAGCUAGAGAAAGUAUCUGGCGUUGAGAUUAAUUGACGAGUUUAAAUGAAGCAACUUAGACGGUGAGAAGUUAUAUACUUGAUCUCAACUGCUUGAGAUUGAAGCAGCGGAGUUGUAAUUUCGAUCUUCUGCUUGUUUUUAAUCUUUUCGAAAUAUCUGAAACGAGAAGACGAAGAUGCUGUGUAGUAUUUGAUGAACUUUUUAAAUUAGAUUUUAUUGGAUCAGUGAAUCAAGAAAAUCGAGUAGCGUUAUAUCUUUCUAUA